AUGUCUGCUCUGGUCCAUGACUCUCCGGACCGAGCUGUCACGGCUAUCGAGCCUCUAACAGGAAGCGAGAAUCAUGCAACCUGGAAACGUCUCAUGACCUCCUACCUCAAAGCCAGGCAGGUCUGGGAUGUCGUGUCGGGCGACCUCCAGCGUCCCGACUGUCUGUUUAAGUACGCCAAGCCUAUUACGGCAGACAUCCACCCCUUGGUGGAUCCGCACCUCGCUGGGGCGGUGAGGCAACGCGCCAUUGAAGCGCGCCUCGAAGUGGAGGUCCAGGCGUUCGAGCGCCACCGUGAAUGGUCGCGCCGCGAAGCCGAGGCCUACCAUACCAUUUUCCGGUAUCUGUCCCCCCACAUUAGCAUCCGUGUCGCGGGACUAGAGACGUCUCGCGACCUCUGGAAUGAACUUGAAGAACGGUACCGGCGAAUGGAACUCGCCACGUUGUGCGAGCUAUUUGCGCAGCUCCGUGAAACCACUGGAGAGCGCUGCGGCAGUGCCCGCGAAUUUGUCGAUCGGGUACGGUUGCUCGUACAUCGAUUGAAUGCUAUCGUGCCCGGAUCCAUUGGCGAUCGAACGCACAUUGCGAUCUUACUGACGCAGAUCGGACCGGAAUACAUUCUGGUUGUGGAUGCCAUCCAAAAUGAUAAAGAUCCGGUGAAUCCGACCACGAUCGGAAACCGUCUGUCAAAUGCAGAACAGACGGUUCGGAGAAAAGAAGCUCCAACCCCCUUACAAGCAGCGUCUGGCCCGUCCGUCAAUACGGUGCAGCAGACUGCCAAGAAAUGCAACUAUUGCAAGAAGCGCGGCCAUGUGGUCGCGCAGUGCUGGAAGAAACAGCGAGAAGCUCAGCCGUCCAGGGACCAUGCCCUGAAGGCCGAGAGGAGUGUUUCCGGCUCACCAAGAAAUAAUUUACAAAUGAUACCAGCAAGCCAGGUGGAAGAUCGGCAGGGCCCGCCGACUUCCAAGAGACCGAGGAUCAAUAUCGUGAGGGCGAGAGUGACGACUCUCUAUACCCACGCACCGCAACCCCGGUGGAUCCUGGACUCGGCCACCACCAGCCACGUCUGCUGGGACCGGAGCUGCUUCAGCAGUCUGCGGCCCCACCGCGAGAUGCUGGAUACGGCGGGCGAUCCAGUGGAAGCCGAAGGGAUUGGUACGGUGAAGCUCACGCUCCGGGGGAAUUUCAACCAGCCCCUGGUGUUGAAGAACGUGUACUUCGCGCCACGCGUCGGGAUGAACCUGAUCAGCGUGCCGAAGCUGUUGCGCGACCGCUACUCGGUGGUGGCGCACCCGCAGAACGUCUUUGUGCAACGCCGAGGACGAACCGUGGGGACCGCCUACCAUGCGGAGGAGGAUCUAUUGAUCCUGCGGUGCCAUGUGAGCAAGAGAUCUCGAGAGCGAGUCCAACUGGCGAGGGCGCCGACGACCCAUGACCAUGCAGAUUCCCUGGAACCGCAGGCGGUGGCCAUGGACGUCGACGAGCCUCGGGAGUCAAGUGACGCAGAAUGCGCAACGUCAACCUCUGAACUCGGUGGUGAAGCUGUGAUACUCGAAGAAGAUGCGUGCAAAGGAGUGGACCAGGCCUCCGAAGCAUUGUGGCACGCUCGGAUGGGACAUCUGAACCGGGGCGACUUGAGGGUAGUCCUCCGGCAGACCGGCACUCCGUACCGACCGCUGACGCAGGCGCAGCUGCUGGCAACGCCGCAGUGCCCGGCGUGCAUGUCGGGUAAGCAGCAUCAGAAGAGGAACUCCCGUGCAAGACGGCCACGUCUGCAUUCAACGAGAAUUUUCGAAUUGAUUCAUUCGGACAUCAUGGAGAUGCCCGUUGCCAAAGAUGGCUCCAGGUAUGUGAUCACCUUUACUGACGAUUAUUCUCGUGGCUCGUGGGCCUAUGCCAUGAGAUGGAAGCAUGAAGCGCUCCAGAAGUUCCAACAUUUUGAGGCCUGGGUGCACCGACAGUUCGGCGCCCAGAUUAGACGAUUCCUCACCGAUAACGGGAGAGAAUAUCUGCCAAUUAGAACACAUCUCGAAUCCCAGGGAGUUGAGUUUGAUACCUCGCCGCCAUACUGCAAAGGGCAGAAUGGACUGGCCGAACGCACUAAUCGUACUAUCCGGGAGCGGAUCAACACGCUCCUGUCCGAUGCGAACCUUCCUCCUUCCUGGUGGAUCGAGCUUGUAGACACGGUAGUCUAUCUGAAGCUGCGCGCCCCAGCAUCGAUUUUACAGAAGAAAACACCGUUUGAAAUAUUGUACGGGAAGUCGCCCUCACUUUUGCAUCUGCGACGAAUCGGCUCCCGCGCGUGGGUUUUGAUACCCAAAGAGCAUCGAGCAAAACUCGGACCAAGAUCGUCCGAAUGCCGACUGCUAGGCUAUUGUGAACCGAAUCAGUAUAAGCUCUUUGAAAUUCAUUCAGGAAAGACAGUAUUUUCCCGUGAUGUCGAGUUCGAUGAGAGGACCCCUGUGGCGCCACUCAUCGAGGGGGAAACAGGCAACGACCUCCCGGACAAUGCUCCUCCAUCACCUGUCUUUCCAUUAAUGCCAAGUUCAGCCAGCGGGCUGCCAACACCACCUGCAUCGCCUUUAGCUCCGUCGAAUGGGCGAGAGAAAGCGCCAUCUGAGCGUCAGGAGGAGACACCUCCAGUGGUUAAUCCAAGCCACCAAGAAACCGACCUGACACCGGAUCUUGGAUAUUCGAUCUUUGGUCGCAGAAGAAGACCAUCACGGCGUCUCCUGGAAUCACUCGGCAAGGUAUACUCGGCCGGCGCAUUGAAUACCGCACCAGCCAGACAAGUCGACCCGGCGACCUUUCGCGAAGCUGUAUCAGGCCCAGACCAGCUGGACUGGUGGGCCGCCAUCCAGAAAGAAUAUGCGUCGCUUCUCGAACACGGAACGUGGGAAAAGGUUCGACGAGAGGACGUCCCAGCCAGAGAUCAUGUGAUUGGCUGCAAAUGGGUCUUCAAGACCAAGGCCAAUGGAACCCGUAAAGCGCGACUGGUCAUCAAAGGCUACCGGCAGAAACAUGGCAUCGACUAUCACGAAACGUUUGCUGCUGUGUCCAGGAUGGACUCGGUCCGCUGCAUUGUCGCCAGUGCCGUAUUGCGCGGAUGGAAACUCCACCAAUUCGAUGCUGUCACGGCAUUUCUUCAUGGAGAUGUCGAUUCGUCUAUCUAUAUGGAGUUACCUGAAGGCUUCGAACAGCCAGGAUACGUAUGCCGACUGCGCCGCUCACUAUACGGACUGAAGCAGGCUCCGCGGAUUUGGUACCAAUGCGUCCACCGCGUCCUGGCUUCUCAUGGCUUCACUAUGGCCCAAUCGGACAACUGUGUGUUUUACAAACCGAAUUGCGUCGUGUGUGUUUAUGUCGAUGACUUUCUCGUUGCAGCGGCAAACACGCACGAAAUAGAACAAGUGCAACAAGCAUUGCAAACAGAGUUCCGACUGAAUGAUCUGGGCACCCCGCAAUCGUUUCUCGGGAUCCAAUUCGACCAUCACGUCGAUGGGUCCGUGUCUAUUCACCAACAACAGUACAUCCAGAAGGUGCUCUCCGACUUUGGCAUGGAGACUUGUCAGCCGAAGUCUACGCCGAUGAAUCCCAAGCAAAGCCUAAAUCAUAAUCCAGAGGAGGAACCUCCAGAUGAGGAAGCAAAAGCUCGUUAUGCUACUGCCAUCGGUUCGUUAAUGUAUCUAAUGCGAUUGCUUCGCUACAUCAAAGCCACGCAAUCUCAUCGCAUUACCUACCGCAGUGGGCAGUUGAUCGGGUACACGGACGCCGACUUUGGGGGCUCCGUCGUCACUGACGGUGCAUACUCCACGUCGGGCUAUGUGUUCCAACUUGCUGGUGCGCCAGUUUCCUGGUCGUCCAAGAGACAGGGGGAAGUGGCUACGUCCACAACACAUGCCGAAUACAUCGGGCAGUACAAUGCCAUUCUGCAUCUGCAGUGGCUUCGCACGUUUCCCGCUGAAACGCAGCUGUAUCGAUCUCCGGUCACCAACAUCAUGGCUGACAACCAGUCCGCGAUCGCUCUCUCUCGCAAUCCCGAGUUCCAUAAACGGACCAAGCACUUCAAUGUGAAAUUUCACUAUCAGCGAUCCGUGCUGGAUGCUGGCGAGAUUGAGCUUCAAUAUAUUCCAACUGGGGAACAGGCCGCGGACGGUCUCACCAAGCCAUUGGGACCUAUGGCCUUUGCCAAAUUUUGUAGUCUCUUGGGAGUCGAUGCUUCAGAGAUUUCGAGACAAAAGGCGUGA